GUGAAUCACGUCCUCUACCACACAUAAUUGCUUCGAGGAGCUGCUCGCCUCGUGCCACAUCACCCCGACUCCCACCAUCUUCUUUGUCAUCUGUGCAAUCGCCUGCUUCCAUCUCCUAUAGGCCACAACCUGAGUACCCUCGACCGCAGCCGCCGUUCUCGUCUCCGCUCAUGGCGAAGUCUACGUCAUCACUGACCUCGGGUGCUCCCGGUGGUCCGCCGCGAAUGAUCUCGGCUGCUGCGUUCCGCAGGCCCGGUCGCACCGGAAGCGAGUCUGGGUCAACAUUAACUCCAACAGGAUACGGGCCAGCAGAUACUUCACCUCUAUCCCUCCACCGCCCAUCUGCAUCGCCUGCAUCUUCUAUGUCACGGAAAUCUGGGGCAAUGCGGAGGUUGUCUGUAGUCAACCCAGACCCAGUCCAACACGAUGAAGAGGAGUUCGAUUACAUAUCGGCAUAUACGGGAGGAGACGAGUCAGGAGGGGCGCAGGCGCAGCAGAGUGGGGGAUAUGGACAGGGGAGGCGAACAACCUUCCAACGAGCAUGGGAGGAAUACGUCACACAGUUGGCUCCUAAGAAAAAGCAACGGCGAUUCCUGAUGAAUUGUGCCCGUGUUGUUGAAGAGCGUUCAGGCGGCUCUCCAGCUUCAGUUAUUAACGAUGCUAUCAGCGCGGCAGAGAAGAAGCAUUCCAUGCAAACCUCGCGGCGCAUAAUUCGCAAAUACAUCGAUCCCGUUGUGAACGUCCUCAGCGACUUCGAUGCCAUCAUUAGCACAUUGAUUUCUGUGGACCCUAUGCCAACUGCAAUCAUUUGGGGUGCCUUGAAAGUUAUCAUUGAUGGUCUUUCCAGAUUUUCGAACCUCUUUGAGACGAUCAAGAACGAACUUCGGUCCCUGAGAGACCAAUUGGAAAAUAUCACAGACCACGAGAAUCUUUAUGGCAAGGAUGAGAGGAUGCAAAGGCUCCUCUGCCAGUCCUACUUCAACAUCAUCCGCUUUUGGCACAGAGUUGAUAAGGAGUGUGAUAAUUGUGGCUUUGCUCUGCUGAAGACGGUCACCCCUUUUAGCACGAAGAAACUGAAUUCUAUCAUCGGAGAUAUGCGGGGUGACUCUCAAGAGAUAAGCAAGCGUGCUAGCAUGCUUAAGGCAAUGGGGUCAAGGGGGGAGCAGAGAGAAAAGGCAACCGAGCGUCAGGAAGCUGCAGAUGAGCGUCGGGCACAGCACGAAUACCGAGAGGAAAAGAAACGCGAGGCACCCAGAGAGCGCUUUAACAACCUCUGUUCUUUGCUAUCCUCUCUUGACACGAAUGCGCCGAACUUCCUCAGGCGGGACAAGCAUUUACAAAGCCACCUCUCUGGGACCUGCGAAUGGCUACUUGACCAUCCUGAUUUCGUCGCAUGGUCGGGUGACACCUCUCCAUCUCCAAUUUUGUGGAUCCAUGGCCCGCCCGGAUCCGGAAAAUCUACCCUUUGCUCAAUCAUCAGUCAUACGCUGAGCUCGAGAUUGGAAACGGUGGCGUUUCAUUUCUGCGACUUUGCCCAGCACUAUAAACCUUUUGAGACAUUGCGGAUGUUGGCGCUUCAACUGUUAUAUAAAUACUGGACGGACGUACACGAUAUUUCGCAAGAGCUAUAUGACGUAUCCCAGUCAAGUCCAUCUGUCUUCGAAAACGUCCAGAAUAUGAUCAAGGUCCUCGUCAAAAACCAAUCGAAGGUGUAUUUUCUUCUCGACGGCCUAGACGAAGAAACAACAGGAGAGAGAUGGAAAGAUACAGUGGAUGUACUUCAGUUUCUUAUCCAGCUCACAAAGGACUACCCUACCAAGGUUCGCCUCUGGUGCAGCAGCCAACCCCGCCCGGUGAUCAAGAAGGAACUCGAGGGUUAUUCACACAUCGACAUCAGCGUCCACGCCCACAAGGAUAUAGCUUUUUACCUGUCGAAAUCUAUACCCGAAGCCGAGGAGCUGGGGACACUAGAUCAGGAAAAAAUCUUGCAAGACUUGCAUGGACGGGCUGAAUGCAGCUUCCUCUGGGCCAACCUCAUGAUCAGCGAACUUCAAGGGUCAGCUACGAGCCUCAGAGAGAUGAAGCAGUCCGUCGAAAGAGGGUUCCCGUCCACCUUGCUAGAUUAUUAUAGCUUAUUCUUCAGGCGGUUCAAGAAGUCGUUGCGACCACUUGCAUGCAAAUUGUUUGCCUUGAUCGUUUUUGCUCGUCGGCCAUUGAGGCUUUCUGAACUGCAAGAAGCUAUAUGGUGCUUGAACAGCAAGUCUCCUGGAUCCCUUAAUCCAGAAGAUAAGCCGUUUCUGAAGCAACUACAUGAGGUAUCUCAGCCCCUCAUCGAGAUGACCAGGGUGACUGGGCCCCAAGCCGCUGAUAGCCAAGAGGAUUAUACCUGUCGUCUUUUUCAUUCGACUCUACGAGAUUUCCUCGUGGAACACCCAAAUAUCCUCUCUGAGGCAGACGACCCAAUGGCAGAUCUACAGAUAAGCGCCGAUGUAGCUGUCGAUGCAUGCUUGCUUUACCUGUGUCAGACCAGAUAUGCUGAGUCACUGAUCAGGCGGGAAGGUCGCUGGGUCGACGCAAGAGGAGACCCAGUAGACAACCAACAUUUCCUAGUUUAUGCGGCAAAAUACUGGGACAAACAUCUUGACGACGCUGCUGAACAGCACAGAAAAGAGCUUCUUAGACGCCUCGAGACUUUCAUCACUUCAUCCAACUUUCAGACAUGUAUUCAGGUCCAGAGCUUAUGGGUCGAGUUACAAUUCUGCGUCUUUAGGACUAUCGAUAGCGAUGAACGGUGUCGUUUCCUCCGACGAGUUUUUCCCUCGUGGUUCUCACAGGAGACGGACAUUGGGAUGAAGCUCUGGCAGGAUUAUCGACAUUUCUUGCACGAGUGGAAAUACUUCCUUUCUUGCGGAAACUGUCAUAUGGCAAAUCCCAAGUGUGGAGUCUUGCCGUACUUGGGACAGUUGGACCGUAUUUGGUUCGGUGCACUCGGACCAUCGAAUUUUCUAUCGCGACUCAAGAGUCGGUGCAAAAGCUUUGUUUUCCAACUGGAAGACGAAGAGUCCGGAGUUGGGCGCUUCUUUGACGUCGUCGGAGAUGACGGUGACACACUCAUGAUGUUGCGGAUACAGUCAUCUGAAGGGACUAUCCUUCAAUUUGCAUGCGAAACCUGGUCUUUAGCUGGACAGCACUUGCCAGUGAAGGAAAAAUGCCAGAUCAUUCAAGAGUCCCCCGCACUUUGCAACUGGCCUUUGUAUGUCGGCAACGCUGUUCACUUGCCAUUGCAGAUAGGCAAGGCAUCCCCAGCUGCUUUUAGCACUGACUGCCAAACCCUUCGGAUUGGCACCAAACUAUUCGCGAAAGAUGCUGCGGGAAAUUUUGAGGCUAUCCCUCAGCUCCCACUACAUCGCCAUCAAUCCCCUGUGUAUGUGGAGGAAUUUUGUCGUCGUGAUCGCUUCGUUGUGUUAGCCUGCAGAACCAAGUUCUCCGCAAGAGAUGUCUUGGCUGGAGAUUCUUUGGACACAACCGAAUUAAAGUGUUCUCCGAGUCCUGGCACGACAUCGACAAGACAUCAGGAUGAUAGCUCGGAUGACGAGUCGACCGCAAACUCAUCGACGGAAUCCGAAAUCGAAACGGACUCAGAGGAUGAUGGGUACGAAAGCUGGAGUGAAAGCAGCACCAUGUUUUCCGAGGAUUAUAUCUUCGAUGAUGACAUGAUUACCCCUUGGGCGGAUCACUUCCGCGACGAAGAUAAACAUUCUAAAGCUAGCGAUACAGAAGUCGACUCGGAUUUCGAUGAGGCUCUAAUUGAAUCUGACUCUGGUGACGACGAAGACCCUGUCUCGCCGUCUGCUUUCGGUUACGGAAAAAAACGUAGAGAAGACGAGUAUGAUUGGGAUGAAGAUCAUUCAUCGGACGAAGAUGGCUAUAGGAACUUUGCAGGUGGGCGGAUUGGUAGGCAUGGAUCUCACAAAGCAGCGCAGGCAACAAUCACUAUUUUCGACACUCAGACAUCUCCUGAGCCCGUGCAACUUUUCCAUCUCACUCGGCCCCUUCAGUCUAAAGUCUAUGGCUCGCCGCCUAUCAUUCAUCCGACCGAGCCACUGGUUGUUUGGCCACUUGGUGGUGGAGACGUGCUCUUCGCCGAUUUCAUAGAUAAAUCAUACUUCGUGCGUAGACUGAGGCCGUCCACCUUACAUACACGACACAUUUUCAUGAAAUGUCAAUUUUCUGCAUGUGGUCGCUUUUUGCAUAUUGCUGCCCUCGAAGGCCAACAACCCAUUGAGACGAAAGAUUUGGUCAAGCAGCGCGCGAUCAACAUUGCGGUUCUGGUCUCAACCUAUCGUCUUUCCCGCAGGAAAACAAGUCGUUCACCCCCUACCCUCAUUCACCGCAUCCGGGUCAAGUUAGGCUCCAAGGAAUCUUUGUCCGUCACAAAACUGCCAUACACUGUGACUUGGACUCCGGAAGAUAUCUACAUCACCUGCAGUGAUACAGCGCUCCGAGUUUACCGCAUCCCACUAUUUAAGCCAGCGAAAGAGGCUCAGGAGGAAGAGGAUGUCAUCCUGAUGCCACGGAAGCCUGUCUUUCUGCCAGAGAGCUCAUUGCAUCGCCAGGUGCAUUAUUUUCCGAGCAAGAGUAACAAAGAAGGCUGCGGAGAAUCAACUGCACGCAUCAUUAUUGGCAGCGAAACCAGAAAGCAAGCAGAACAAGUACUCGAACAUGGUGUAGAGUUCUCUACUAUUGGACGUACCUUCGUCACGGGACAACGAGGAGAAAUUUCUCCGCCAAUUGGCUGCUAUAUAAACGAGGAAGUUGACCUCGGCGGAUGGGGCAGAUCUUAUGAUAUCACAGAGAUUCCUGUGCAGCUAGGCAUUGGUUGCUUGGACCGUCGUUUAGAGAGAUUCGACCCUGAUGAUGAUUGCGAUUUGGAGCCUUAUAUCUAUUAAAGAGGCAGUAAGAAACGGAGAUCUGUACCAGGUAUAAUGUAAUGUGGAUGUAGAUUACGAGGUCAAGUACCUUGGCCGGACAUCGAUACUCACCAAUUGACAAUUCAUGCGGCUGUCCCCACACGAACUACCGCUCUAAAAUCCAAGUUGGUGGGAAAACGCUCCAGAAGUGCUUAAGCCCAAGUGGUAUUGAAGCCUCCUUCACCGGUUAAAAUCACAACGCUAUCCUACCUAGCCCAUCGUGGCCCUGCCCGUAUUGUAGUAAUUGCCAUUGGAGCAGGGGCUGGCGGCCUAAGCCUAGCAAUGGCAAAGUAGCUCAGAUGAUGAUGAUUAUGAUGAGGAUG